AGGGAUUGUACUAACAGAUUUUUAUUUAUAAUUUUGUUUAGCCAAUGCCAAUCAUUUAAUGAGUCCACUUCAACCAACACCUACUGCUUAUAAUCCAAUGGUAGGUGCUACAGCUACUCCAUAUGGUCAUCCAUAUGCUUCAGCUCAUCCUCCUCCACCACCACCUAUUCAUGGUUUACCUCCAACACAUUUGCAAUCUCACCAACAACAAAAUCCUCAUAUGAUAUCUGUUCAAAAUGGUCCAGUUAUUCUUGUAUCAAAUCUUAAUGAAGAUAUGACGACUCCAGAGUCCUUAUUCACACUAUUCGGUGUUUAUGGUGAUGCGCAUCGGGUAAAAAUUUUAUUUAAUAAAAAAGAUUCAGCAUUAAUUCAAUAUGCUACAGCACAGCAAGCAGCUGUUGCUCAUCAAAAUCUUGAUCAUAUAACAAUGUUUGGAAAACAAAUACGAGUUUCAUUUUCAAAACAUCAAUUUGUACAAAUGCCAAAAGAUGGUACAUCGGAUGCGGGUUUAACAAAAGAUUUUACAAAUUCUCCGUUACAUCGUUUUAAAAAACCAGGAUCAAAAAAUUAUAAUAAUAUUUUUCCACCUGGUACUGUUCUACAUUUAUCAAAUAUUCCUACUGAAACAAGUGAAGAAGAAAUUCGAAAAAUAUUUUCACAAUAUGGAACAAUAAAACGAUUUAAAUUUUUUGAAAAAGAUCGUAAAAUGGCCUUAAUUGAAAUGGAUACAAUUGAACAAGCUAUUGCUGCAUUAAUUAAUACACAUAAUUAUCGUUUAGCGGAUUCAAUGCAUCUUCGUGUUUCGUUUUCCAAGAGCAAAUUGUAA